ACAGUGGAGAGAGAUUGUGCUCUGUUGGAGAGGACUGAGCUCCAAGGCAAACUGGAGAACCUAGAGCAGGUGCUGAAGCAUAUGCGAGAGGCUGCAGAGAGGAGGCAGCAGCUAGAAUUAGAGCAUGAACAAGCCUUGGCUGUCCUCAGUGCCAAGCAGCAGGAGAUUGACCUUCUGCAGAAGGCUCAGGUUGAGGCUAAGAAGGAACAUGAAGGUGCCGUCCAUCUGUUAGAGAAUCACUUGGACAGCAUGCAGGCUAAAGUGAGAGAACUGGAGGAAAAAUGCCGGGCACAGAGUGAGCAGUUUAACCUGCUGUCAAAAGAGUUGGAGAAGUUCAGGUUGCAGGCUGGGAAGUUAGACAUCCUGAGCAGCAGUCAGCUGACAGGGGGCGACUCGCCCGGCUCACCCACCAAACCCCUCACCCUCUCCCAGCUUCUCAACGGCCUCACUGCCCCCUCUGGGAUAGGUAAUGAGGAUUCGAUGAGUAAGAUCUCAGAGCUCAUUCGGCCUCUACAGAUGACUGAGGGGGAGAAGGUAGAGCUCCUGUCUGUCAAACCCACCUUCCUGUCACGCACCACAACCUCCAGACCACGGCAAGCCUUCCUCUCAGAGGUGCGGCCCGUCAUCUCCACUGCUAUGGACAAAGAGCAAGACUCGUCCCCCAGGUCUAAGUCCAGAUACACAGGCAAAGUGCGAUUGUGUGUUGCCCGCUACAAUUAUAACCCUUAUGAUGGCCCCAAUGAGCAUCCUGAAGCAGAGCUCCCCCUGGUGACUGGGAAGUACCUGUAUGUUUAUGGGACCAUGGAUGAGGACGGCUUCUAUGAGGGUGAGUUGUUGGACGGACAGCAGGGUCUGGUUCCCUCCAACUUUGUGGACUUUGUCCAGGAUGAGGAGCUCCCGUCAGUUCCUCUUUUGGACCGCAUCAAGGAACCGUCCUACCUCAACCACAGCCCCGCCUCCAUGCCCAGCAGUGCCGUCAGUACACUCAGCACACUGCUUUCAGAGAAGCUGGACACCCUGGGCUCGGGUACCGGGACAGGCACCAGCAGCAGCAGUGGGGUGAGCAGCUUGGGCAUGAGCAUGGGUCUGGGCAUGGACUUUCUGGGACCCUGCAGCAAUGGCACAGGCACGCUGGACGUGAACAUUGAUGAGAUCGGAGAAGACAUUGUGCCUUACCCCCGCCGCAUUACCUUGAUCAAGCAGCUGGCCAAGAGCGUUAUCAUAAGCUGGGAGCCUCCAGUGGUGCUGCCCGGGUGGACAUCCAUCAGCGGCUACAAUGUACUGGUGGAUCAGGAGGUACGCAUGAGCGUGCCCUUCGGCGGCCGCACCAAGUCUUUGAUCGAGAAGCUGAACCUGGCCUCCUGUACGCACCGCAUCUCCAUCCAGAGCAUGACGGAGCGGGGGCUCUCCGAUCCGCUGCGCUGCACACUGCUGAUGGGGAAAGAUGUGGUUGUGGCACCCUAUUACCUUCGUGUGGAGAACAUCACACAAGUAUCGGCUGAGCUCACCUGGAUGCCAAGCAACAGCAACUACAGCCACAUGAUCUUCCUGAACGACGUGGAGUAUGAUGUUGUGAAGCCUGGAGGGUACAAAUACCACUUCUACAACCUCAAGCCCAUGACAGUGUAUAAGAUACGGGUGGUGGCCCGGCCCCAUCAGAUGCCCUGGCAGCUUCCCCUUGAGCAGAGGGAGAAGAAGGAGGUCUCAGUGGAGUUCUGCACACAGCCAGCCGGUCCUCCUUUACCUCCUCAGGAUGUGCAAGUUCAGAUGGGACAGACACCUGGAGUCUUGCAGAUCCAUUGGAAGCCUCCUUCCCUCACUCCUACCGGCACUUCCAAUGGAGCCAAUGUAAUCGGCUACAUAGUCUGCACUAAAGGUCAAAAGAUAGCAGAGAUAAUGUACCCCACAGCAGAUUUUGUUACGGUGGAACUGAACCGUAUCCAGUGUCUGGAAGCGCAGGAGGUCGUUGUGAGGACAAUAUCAGCACAAGGAGAGUCGCAGGACUCUCCCGUGGCCACCAUUCCGCACAACCUCCUGGUGCCUCACUCCCACGGACACCCCCCUCACCCGCCUCCCUACCCACAAGCCUACCCCCCAACCCAUCCACAACCGCAUGUUCAGCCCCACUCCGUCCCACCACCCCACCCUCAUCCACCUCCCUCACACCCCCACGUACACCCCUCGCCUUCCCCGUACCCCAUGUCUAAACCCAAACUCCUACCAAGUGCCAGAGACCCCCAUGCCAAAGAGCCAGAGAUGGGCAGGCGAAUGGGGCAGCCCUGGGAGCCGCAUCCCAGAGCCCCGUCACCACUUCCGCCCCCUUCACACCCGGGACACACACUGGAGCCCCCUCACAUAGAGGGCCGGCGCUCACCAUCCCCUCAGAGGAUCUUGCCUCAACCUCAGGGAGUGCCCAUUCCCAACACAGUGGCUCGUGCUAUAGCCCGCCAGGUGGCGCAGAGGAGCGCCCCGAACAGCAGGGUGGAGAGGAGGAACAUCUUCAGUGACAGGGGUAAUGCUCUGCAUUCAUUAAACUCAGAUGAGGAGGAGGAUGGGUACGAUUCCCCUCACGCCAGGCGAAGAGGUGCUUCUGUGGAUGAGUUUCUCAGAGGUUCUGAGCUGGGCAGACAUCAUCAUCACUAUAGCCACAGUGAGGAGUACUACACUGAGAGCAGUCGGGGCUCUGAUCUGUCUGACAUCAUGGAGGAGGAUGAGGAGGAGCUGUACUCGGAGAUGCAGCUGGAAGAAGGGCGCCGCCGCGGCAUCAACUCACACAACACAUUAAAGGCAUAUUACAGGCGUCAGGACCUUGCGGUGGACCGGGACAGUUGGGACCUGCAGCGGGAGGUGGUACGACAGCGCUCCUUGCGCUCCCACAAGCGGCUACACAGCAUCCCGGAAGUUGCCGAGGAGGAACUGGACACCGGGGUGGAGGUCAUGGGUCAGCGGCUGCGUUUCGAGGAGGCUCGUCCAGGCACUCCUUGCAGGAGCCCGCAUCCCUACGACCAGGACUCACGGAAGUCUAACCACCUUUCCCCAAGCAAGAGUGUCCGCAGGCUGCAGAGGCAGCGCUCCUCUCCACGCUACAGCUCCAUAGAUGAGCGGCCACCGUGCUGGAGCAGCAGCAGUAGCAGGCAGAACACCAAGAGCCCCGACAGCGGACUAGACUGCGGGAGCGAGGAGGAGGGCUCGCUUGGCUACCGUGGAAGCUACCACUCAUACACGGGGUGCAGCCCGCUGCGGGUGGGUUCUGGCCCCAACAUGCGGGUGAUCCACAGUGAGGGGCCUGUGGAAAGGCGUGCUCUGGCUGCUGGCAGGAAAAGGUCACUGACCCGGCAGUGCAGCGUGGAGGAGGACUUCCUGGAUACCAUUCCGGAGACAAGGAGCAUGCGGGAGUCGUACCAUCAUUACCACUAUCAUCCACACCUUCACCAUCCCCAACGCAGGUUCCGGAGCGAGGGCAGGCUGAGCGAGGUUGGCAGGACCCAUCACACGGACAUUAGGGCCUACUCUGUGGCCAGACUCAACAGGGCAAUGGAUGAACCCCUGAUUUUAGGGAGCUCUCCCUCAACAGGACGCUCGGAUCGACUGGACCAUUCUGGCCGUAGGACGAAUCACGGCUAUCCACCCGCUCAGAGAAGACCAAUGACAGUCCCUACCAUUGAGAUCACCGUGGAGAAUAACAGUGAGGGGAGUGAGGGGAACCUCUCACCUAUCAAGGACGAUGUUUACUAUACCAGUGUAGCCCACCACAGGACAUGGCCCCCACAGCGAACAGAGCACCGAUAUGAUGGUUAUGGAGGACGGGACCAGCGGUCUCCAGACUACUAUGAGUCAGAGCCAGAGGACUUGUCCCGAAUUUUUGUGGCCAUGUUUGACUAUGACCCCCUGUCAAUGUCUCCUAACCCUGAUGCUGCUGUAGAGGAGCUUCCCUUCAAGGAGGGCCAGAUCAUAAAGGUUUUUGGAGAGAAGGACACAGAUGGAUUCUAUAGGGCAGAGAUCUGUGGCCGCAGGGGGCUCAUCCCCUGUAACAUGGUCUCAGAGAUCCAGACGGAUGAUGAUGACAUGAUGGACCAGCUGCUCAAACAGGGGUUUCUUCCUCUCAACACGCCCAUUGAGAAAAUAGUAAACUGUAAUAGGUUCAAAGAUGGCCGUUCAGUUAAUCGCAGGUCCCGGAAAUCCAAGAGAGAAAGGAACAAAAGGAGUGGAAGGCAGCACCAGGUGUCGACGCGGAGGAUGGUGGCCCUGUAUGACUAUGACCCCAGAGAGAGCUCGCCUAACGUGGAUGUGGAGGCCCGCUAUGGGGGCAGCUUGCAGAGUGAGGAGGCUGAGCUGACAUUUUGUGCAGGUGAUGUGAUCACAGUUUUUGGAGAGAUCGAUGAGGAUGGCUUUUAUUAUGGGGAGCUCAAUGGACACAAGGGUCUGAUCCCUUCCAACUUUCUUGAAGAAGUGCCUGAUGACGUGGAGGUUUACCUCACCAACACCCCGAGCCAUCACCCCCAGGACCCCCCGUCCCGGACAAAGAACAAAAGGGUUCCCGUGGAAAAAGCGGGCCCUCCCAGAAGAAGUGCCACCCCCACAGUGCGCCUACACAUCCCGGGGUCCGCCCAGGGGCCCGGCAGUCCCAUCCGGCGCCCCCGAGCUGACUCUAAGAAAACAGGACUGCUCUCCAAGGGAAAGAAUCUAUUAAAAAGGCUUGGUGCUGUCAAAUAGUUUCACAUAACUCUCCUCACAGCAGCCGAGAUAAGGAGGUUGGAAUUGCAGAGAAAUUACCUUAGAAGGUGGGAAAAAGAACAUUUCUCCCAUCUUCUGUUUCUGUAAUCACUUGGAUUGGCCAUGGAAAAGAGAAAGGAAAAUGGUGGAAACGAGGGCUUUUAUGACCACAGCUUCAGCUUUAUGCCAUUGAAACUGUUCUGCAAGUUCUGUCUGCCCAUGUCUGAUUCUUAAAAGCACAGAAACGCUCACUUAAUGUGACUUACUAAGAUGUCUUGUUAUAAAUAUACAAUGCAAGGGAUGUUCUUGGAUAAUAAAAUAAAAUCUAUAU